CCGUACUUGGAGAGAGAACCGUGAGAGUCCUUUAUUUGAAAAUAAUAGCAUUGUGGUUCAAGCGCGAGCAAACUACUAUCGUCAUGACGAAACACAAUAAUAUCAACACAACUAACAGAAUCGCACGGUCGUUAAUGAUUAGUGUUUUUCUAAGCUGUCUGAUUGUGUCGUCUAAUUGCCAAGUUGAGCGCGUUAAUACGACGGUACCGGUCGGAGCCCUAAGUCACUUGAAAGUCGACAGCGGUGGAGAUAAGAUGUCACUCGAGGAUUUCGAUCAGUAUCUGGGAAGUUACAUUGGCGACGAGAGGGAGUUCGCCCUGGUCUUGGACUUUGAUGGAACGCUGGCCGAGCUUACCUCCCAUCCGAAUCUCAGUGCCAUGACACCGGAGAUGAAGGAGACCCUGGAGAACAUUGCCAACAGUGGAAGGGUGUUUGUGACGAUUAUUUCCGGCCGCGACGUUGAUGGAGUCAAGGCAAAGGCCGGAAUCAAAAAUAUCGUCUACUCGGGUAACCAUGGGCUGGAGGUACUGUAUCCGGAUGGUACGAGGCAAAAUCAAGGGAUUUCCCAGGAGAUGAUCGAUAAUUUUGGAAAUAUGGUGGAUGAACUGACGAAAGAGCUCGCCCACGACGGAGCCUGGGUGGAGAACAAAAAGGUCUCGCUCACAUUCCACUAUCGGCAAGUGGAUCCAAAGCUCGUGCCGGAAAAGGAAGCCAGAGCAAAGCAGAUCAUCGAAUCGUAUGGCUACCGGGCCAACCAAGCGCACUGCGCCGUAGAAGGCAAACCACCGAUCAAGUGGAACAAAGGCCUAGCGGCGGAACUGAUCCUAAAGUCGUGCUUCGAUAGCAACUGGGAAACUCGGAAGGUGAUCUUUGCCGGCGAUGACACCACCGACGAGGACGUGAUGCUCGCCAUCAAGGGAUUCGGAAGAUCGUUCAGAGUGAGCAAGGAUGAGAACGUACAAACCAAUGCUGAUUACAGGAUUUCGUCGGUACAAUCAGUGUAUCACAUGCUCAAGUGGAUCGAACAGAAAGUGGCGGGUUAGUCUGGAGGAGGUGGCGAAGUGUGUAAAUCAUUAUCAUGUGUUUGUUUUUAAAUGUGAAAUUGUUAGGCUUGUUCCAGUAGAUCUGUCGUAUUGAAAUAAAUGAUGAUUUAGUUGUAGUUGAAGAUUCAUCACUUGAUGGCAUAUUUGUUUCUGUGUAACAUUUUUCGUAAAUAUAAACGGGUACAAGCUA